GACGACCGUCCGCUCGGACCAUGCGAGCAGCCACGGCAGGUUUGGAGGAAACAACGGUCUGACAGCUGAUCCCGACAAGAAGAAACAUGUGGAGGACCCAACUACUGUCACUUCUGGUUGUACUGGCACUGGGCACUGAGGUGUCCAGGUGUGAGGACGUGGGCUCUGUGGUGUCUGUAGUGGAGGCAGCGGAGAGGCAGGAGCAGGAGGCGGCCAGCGACACCAUGUCCACCAUACCGACACAAUCUCGACUCCAGAUCCUGGCUGCCCAGUUUGAGUGCUACCUGAAGAUAAUCCAUGAUCCACCACGUACAGAAGACGGUACUUUCUGUAACCGCACAUGGGACGGCUGGUUGUGUUGGGGAGACUCUGCUCCAGGGACAGUCAUGCAGAUGUGUCCUGCGUAUUUUAUAGACUUUGAUCCUAAUGAGAAAGUUACCAAAGUGUGUAAUCCUGAUGGCCAGUGGUUCCACCACCCAGAGAGCAACCGAGUCUGGACCAACUACACCCAGUGUGAGGCUUACACCAAAGACAAGCUCAAGUUCACCCUCAGUCAGUACUACCUGGCCAUGGUGGGUCAUGGUCUGUCAAUCGUCUCCCUCAUCAUCUCUCUGGUCAUCUUCUCCUACUUCAAGAGUCUUAGCUGCCAGAGAAUCUCCCUCCACAAGAACAUGUUUCUCUCCUUCAUCUUCAACUCCAUCAUCACUGUUGUUUGGCUCUUGGCUGUGACCCACAACGAGGCCACGAUGGCCAACAACCCUGUCAGCUGUAAGGUGCUCUCUGUGCUCAACCAGUACACGUUUGCUUCCAGCUACUUCUGGAUGCUGUGCGAGGGAAUUUACCUGCACACACUUAUCAUAGUGGCCGUGUUUGUCGGGGAACAGCAGCUCUUCUGGUACUACGUCCUGGGAUGGGGCUUUCCCAUAAUUCCUGCCAUCACAUAUGCUGUAGGACGUGGGCUCUUCUUUAAUGACAAGUGUUGGAUCAGCUCGAGCACAAGUCUGCUUUACAUCGUCCAUGGACCUAUUCAUGUAGCCUUGCUUGUGAAUCUCUUCUUCCUGCUGAACAUUGUGCGGGUGCUGAUCACCAAGCUGAAGGUGACCCAUAGUGCUGAGUCCACUGCCUACAUGAAGGCAGUGAGAGCCACCCUCAUCCUUAUUCCCCUGCUGGGUGCCCAAUUCAUCCUGGUGCCUCUCAGGCCUGAGGGACGCGUGGCCCAAGCCAUCUACGAGUUUGUCAUGAACCUCUUCACCCACUUCCAGGGACUUCUGGUGGCAAUUAUCUUCUGUUUCUGCAAUGCCGAGGCCCAAACAGCGCUGCGGAGGAAGUGGGCUCAGUGGAAGGUGGCAUGGGGUAAAACUGGCUGGGGAGAAAAGCCCAUCACCAACAACUCCCACUGCAACUACCACACCAACUCCUCCAUUACUGAAACCAGCCGCGCCACCGUCAGCCUGGAGUUGCCCGCUGCUCCCGAGUACCACGACAACAACCACUUCGUGCUCAAGAAGGACCAGCAAGCCAACGGGCAGCAGAGCAACAAGAAGAAAUUCAGUAACGGAGAGGCAGACGUGCCCAAGUUCAUGGAGACCAGCAACAUCUGAGCGGAGAGAGCACACAGCUGUGCAGCUGUGAGGAAAUAUGCAGGAGUGAAAAUGGAGGGGUUGUGGUUACAUUUUCACAGGACAGCUAGUAAAAAGAGCGCCCCCGGGCUCUCCCCCCGACCUAUAUCAAGAGCAUUUGCCAUAAAGGGUUGAUUCAGUGGGAAAGGUCACCCAAGUUGAGUCUAUCACACAAAUCUAUCUGCGAAGCACAAGCAAACAUGGGAUGUGCACAGACAUGCACACACAGAUUAAUUAGCAGGGACACACACACACAGGAAAAUGGAAACCUAUCCAGUCGUGUGUGUUAAUUUCAUUGAAAAAGAACAAAAUAUCUUUAGCCUCAUUCUGUUAUACUGGUGUUAUGUUUUUGUGCUCACUGUACAUGUUCUACUGCCACAAGUGAGUUUACUUACUGUACAGUAUGUUUUUCAUUUAAUGAGUGUUUUCAUAGUCACAGUGUAUUUCCUAUCAUUAACUGUAAUACUGAGGAAGGUGCAUAACCAAACCGGUCAGCCAGACAUCACGAAUGCAGAGCUGUGUAUUUCAGUGUAGCUUCUGAAAGACACUGCUUUACCUGCUCACCACUGAAUGUCACACACACAUACACACACAAAAAGAUUCAUUUAUCAUCCUUUUCCUGAAGAAAGCCUGCAUCCCCAUUCGGUCAACUUUUCAGGGACUGAUGAUGAAAACCUUUUGAUUUUCCCUCUGACAGCUGUGCUCUCAGCUCUCAAAAGGCUUUUUGGUUCCAGGUCAUGAAACACUUUUGACAAGGGACGAUCCAAGUGGUGACUCGGGCCAUACAAAGGUUUCUGCACAACGCUGCUGGAAUGUAACAAUUGGUGACAGAAUGUAAAAAAAAAAACAAGACUGUUUAGAAGUUUGUUUGGGGAAAAAAAGCAACUAUCUGACAUAUUACUAGCCCUGGUGAGAACAGGAGAGAGCAUGGCACAAGUUAACAGCUUAACAGGUUAACUUUUCAUGCCAUGAACCCCUAGAUAGACACCCAUUAAAGCCACGGCCCCCCCAUUUGGUAAAAUAUCUUAUACAUUCACUCACUGGGCUAAUUUCAGGUGAAUUGUGCAGUGAAAUUAAAGUAUUCCUCAUUAUUAUUUAUUUAUUACUACCUGGGUAAGUGGCUGGCAGACCUGAGUGCAAACAGAAUCAAAAUCUAAUGUGAGUUAACAUUUAACAUAGAGAUAAUCCAAACAUCAACUCCACAUGUAUGUAAAAGUUGUGACAUUUUGAGCCUCUGCUGAUUCACUUUCUACUUCCCGGAAAAAAAUGAUGUGGCUCAACUCUCAUUCCUACAUGCUUAUUAAACUGGGAAUCGAGCUUUGGGAAGUACAGAGGCGAUUAGCUGUGGAGUGCAAUUUCACUCAGAGGGAGUCUCCACUGCAGUAACAUCACUGAUAGAAGGGGGAUUUGGCAAAACAACAUUGCAUGCAUGAGAACAUACAGAGUGUGUAAGUGUGUGCCCGUGCUCAUCCCCUCCUUAUCUUUCAAAAAUGAGUUGUUUUCUCAGCUGAUUGCAUGAAUGUAAUUACCUGAAAAACAUAAAAGUGGGUCCAUUCACUGUGGACACGUCUCCUUUUCUAAUUUCACUUCAAUUUCUCCUGCGACACCAAAGUUCAUUCUAAUUUUGAGAAGGCACCUUCAUCCGAUAAGUAACGUUUAAUUGGCUGAAAAUGGAGGAUGGGAAUAACGCUCAAUUUGAAAAGUGUGACUUUGAUUAUAAAAUGUGAAUAUGUGGAGAAAGAACAAGAAGGCUUUGUAGAUGUAGCGUAUGCAAUAUCAGGAAGACAUGCUCUCUUGGUGAAAUCAUAAUGAUUUCCCCUGUUAAAUCUACGUGGCUUGCAACAUUAAUUGAGCUCAGUAUUAUGACGGUUUUCCUUAUGUUUUAUAAUGUGCCGUUAUUUUUGUCACCGUUGCUGUUGAAAUUGCCCAUUUUGCUAUUUAUAAGGCUUUGUAUUAUUGUUGUAGUAUGCUUUUUCUAAUAUAAUUUAGUGUAAUUUAAUGGAGAAAUGUAGAACACUGAGUAUGAGAAGGCUCCACCAGAAGGCUAGUGGCUCUCCAUCGAUUUACAAUGGAGAUCCAAAUCUUUCCUUUGCCGUGAAGUCUCCAGCGCAGCGUUCCCGUGUCCAAGUCGAUGUUUGUCUGUCCAGCUCACUUUAGGGCCUUGAGCCACCACUUGUCAUACAGAGGAAAUAUCUCGCCAGUGGUUUAUGAGAAACAUUCCAGUAAAAUGUCAAAAGAAAUGUUGAGUUGAAGCAUAUUAGCUUACUUUAUAUAUCUAUUUUUAAUGAUGACUGAUUGCCAGUUAUGAGUGGAAAUAAAGAUAACUGAAUUCAA